AUGUUCAUGCUGUUGACUUUCAGGCCUCAUCGCGAGCAGCAGUGGCAGGCGGACGUGGGGCAGCAAGCAACCACGCCUCAUCGCGAGCAGCAGUGGCAGGCGGACGUGGGGCAGCAAGCAACCACGUGUGGCUGCAUCAGCGUCCCCAUCUACACGCACCCACACAAUCAGCUAAGGAGGGACGCACUUGGGAAGGCGGGGAGGAGGGCUGCCGGGGAAGGAGUCACCUGCACCCUCGGGAUCUCUCCGAGCAUACCUGUCACAGCUGGCAGCAGCAGCGGACGUCCCCACGUUCGUGUGCAGCAACCCCUUGGGCCUGCCGUCAGAGUCGCUCACUUGCACGACCUGCUGCUUCUUCUCCGCCCGCCGUCCCCUCCCGCACAUGCCUCUGCUGCUCCUGCUAGAGGCGCUUCACAUCGUGCUUCUGCCCCCUCCCAUGCUGCUGCUGCUGCUGCUGCUGCUGCUGCUGUGGGUGCUUCUGGAAAAGGGGGCGGUGGGUCCCCCGUCGUGCCCUUCUCUCUCGGGCAGGGCUAUGGCUAUGGCUAUGGGCAGGGAGGGUAUGCGGGAGGGGCAGCAGGGGUUGCAGGAGUUGGUGGGCAUUGCCUGCUCCCUUUGGUUCGAUUCCACAGGGCUCAGGUGGUUGGCAGGAGCAGGGUGGAUAUGGGGCCUUGGGGGUUUGGCAGGGGCAGGGACAGGGGCAGGGAGUGGGAGGGGGAGAGUGGCAAGGGCAGGAGGCUGGGCGGACGGGUGGAUGGUAUGGAGGUGGGCGGAGGGGGGGAGGAGGGAGGGGUGAGAGGCAGAAUUACUGGCAGCAGAGGCAGCCGCAGCAGCAGAAUGGCAGGUGGGACAGGGACAGUGACAGGAGGGGCAGCCGGGGUUGAUUGUGCUGUGUGA